CAUUAAAACAAGACAAGCGGUAGAGAAAUGUCACAAUAGGCACAAAACAAAAAUUUACAAGUCAUCGAAAGUCGCGAACUAAAACGGAUUAUUAACUAAUAAUUUUCAACGUAAUAAAUAAAUAAAUAGUUGUUUUACUCAAAUGGCGACUACACUUGAAGAUAAAUCCAUUUGGGAUGAUGGAGAGGAAACAUUGGGGGAGGAGGUACUCCGUAUGUCCACCGACGAAAUCGUCAGCAGGACGCGUCUAAUGGAUAACGAAAUCAAAAUCAUGAAGAGUGAGGUUAUGCGUAUUACCCACGAAAUUCAAGCCCAAAACGAAAAAAUCAAAGAUAAUACGGAAAAGAUAAAGGUUAACAAAACUCUGCCGUAUUUGGUAUCGAACGUCAUUGAGCUACUGGACGUGGAUCCUCAAGAAGAAGAGGAUGAUGGAGCCGUUUUGGUGUUAGACAAUCAACGUAAGGGUAAAUGUGCCGUUAUCAAGACUUCCACACGUCAGGCAUAUUUCUUGCCAGUCAUUGGAUUGGUUGACGCUGAAAAAUUGAAACCCGGAGACUUGGUAGGCGUGAACAAAGAUUCAUAUCUAAUCUUGGAAACAUUGCCGGCGGAGUAUGAUGCGCGUGUAAAAGCUAUGGAAGUUGAUGAAAGACCCACUGAACAAUAUUCGGAUAUUGGUGGUUUGGACAAACAAAUACAAGAGCUGAUUGAAGCCGUAGUAUUACCAAUGACUCAUAAAGAUAAAUUCAAAACUCUGGGAAUUCAUCCACCAAAAGGCGUACUCUUAUAUGGACCACCUGGCACUGGCAAGACGCUAUUAGCGCGUGCCUGCGCUGCACAAACAAAAUCCACUUUCUUGAAGUUGGCUGGUCCCCAAUUGGUGCAGAUGUUUAUAGGUGAUGGCGCUAAAUUAGUACGCGAUGCCUUUGCUUUAGCCAAAGAGAAGGCGCCAGCAAUUAUUUUUAUCGAUGAAUUGGAUGCCAUUGGUACAAAACGUUUUGAUUCCGAAAAGGCUGGUGAUCGUGAAGUGCAGCGUACCAUGUUGGAAUUGUUGAACCAGCUGGAUGGUUUUAGCUCAACUGCCGAUAUUAAAGUAAUUGCAGCUACAAAUCGUGUCGACAUUCUGGAUCCUGCUCUAUUACGUUCCGGACGUCUGGAUCGUAAAAUAGAAUUUCCACAUCCCAACGAGGAGGCGCGUGCAAGAAUCAUGCAAAUUCACUCACGUAAAAUGAAUGUUAGCAAUGAUGUGAACUUUGAGGAGUUGUCACGUUCCACCGAUGACUUCAACGGUGCACAAUGUAAAGCUGUAUGCGUGGAAGCCGGUAUGAUAGCGUUACGCCGUAAUGCCACUUGCGUCACACAUGAAGAUUUUAUGGACGCUAUUAUGGAAGUGCAAGCAAAGAAGAAGGCAAAUCUGAAUUAUUACGCUUGAGCGCAAAUUAUAUUUGUUUUGCUCAUCUCUACUAUGCAGUUUUUAGUUAUCUUGCUAACAUUAUUUUUAAUUAAAUGAAAACGACACAUUGAAAAUAAAAAAUAUUAAAUCGAAUUGAUUUUCGAUUAUUGGAAUAA